GUGGCGUGCGGUGCGCUGUGGCAGCUAUGAAGCAAAUUUUCGAAUGUGUCCCUGCAAGAUAUAUUCUUGCCAUAAUGGGAUUCUGCGCCAUUUCUCUCCAGUUCACCAUGAAAGCCAAUCUUUCUGUAGCCAUUGUUGCAAUGGUGAAAACGGACGAAAAUGCUAAUGAAGAGAAGCUUUUGGUAAUGGAAAGUAACUUCACUGCCCCGGAAGGAACAUGUCCAGGAGGUGGGGAUACGGAAGACUCACAAAGUCAAGAGGGCGAGUUCGCGUGGGACGAGACGAUGCAGGGCUACGUGCUGUCGUCCUACUACUACGGCUACGUGGCGAUGCAGCUGCCGGGCGGCUACCUGGCGGAGCGGUACGGCGGCCGCCACGUGUGCGGGCCCGGCGUCUUCCUCAGCGGCGUGCUCACGCUGCUCAGCCCGCUGGCCGCGCGCGCCGACGUCUACCUCUUCAUGGCCGUCAGGGUGCUCGCCGGCGCCGCCUCGGGCCUGGUCGAUCUUUACUGA